UCUAUGGGCUGCCGUCGAAUUCGCCCACCGGUUUCCGCAUCUUCCUUCGUGGCCUCCUCGACGAGUACUUUAACGACACGUGUCGACUAUAAGGACCGAUGGUCUCCACGUGGCACGGGCGGCGUACGGUAGGGCCACGACGGGAAUGAUAGGUGCUAACCUGCGCGAGUGCGCGUCGCCUUCCCGCAUGGUGGAGGUUAAAAGGGGUAUCACGAGGAGCACACGAUGAACUACUCCUCUCCUGCUCUCCCAUGGCGUCCCUCGAAGGAUCCGUCUUCUCCAGCGUCGUGCAGGCUCCGGAGGACCCGAUCCUUGGGGUGACAGUUGCAUACAACAAAGAUCCAAGUCCUGUGAAGGUGAAUCUGGGAGUCGGAGCCUAUCGAACUGAGGAAGGAAAACCACUUGUACUGAAUGUCGUGAGGCGAGCAGAGCAACUGCUAGUCAACGAUCUAUCCCGUGUGAAGGAGUACCUCCCUAUAACUGGAUUAGCAGAUUUCAACAAACUGAGUGCUAAACUUAUAUUUGGUUCUGACAGUCCCGCCAUUCAGGAAAAUAGGGUAGCUACUGUGCAAUGCUUAUCUGGUACUGGCUCAUUGAGAGUUGGAGGCGAGUUUCUAGCAAGGCAUUACCAUGAACGCACAAUUUACAUUCCACAACCAACUUGGGGAAAUCAUACAAAAGUUUUUACAUUAGCUGGUCUAUCUGUGAAGACCUACCGUUACUAUGAUCCUGCAACAAGAGGAUUGGACUUUGAAGGUUUAUUAGCAGAUCUAAGUGUAGCUCCUCCUGGAGCCAUUGUGCUUCUUCAUGCAUGUGCACAUAAUCCUACUGGAGUUGAUCCAACACUCGAUCAAUAUGAGCAAAUCCGUCUUCUAAUGAGGUCAAAGGGCUUGCUUCCCUUCUUUGACAGUGCUUAUCAGGGGUUUGCAAGUGGAAAUCUGGAUGCUGAUGCACAAUCUGUUAGGUUGUUUGUUGCUGAUGGUGGUGAAUGCCUCACAGCUCAAAGUUAUGCAAAGAACAUGGGUCUCUAUGGGGAACGUGUUGGUGCUCUAAGUAUUGUCUGCAAAUCUGCUGAUGUGACUGUUAGGGUUGAAAGCCAGCUGAAACUCGUGAUUAGGCCCAUGUAUUCUAAUCCUCCUAUUCACGGUGCUUCCAUUGUGGCAACUAUUUUAAAAGACAGAGAAAUGUACGAGGAAUGGACAAUUGAGUUAAAAGCCAUGGCUGAUAGGAUAAUCAACAUGCGUCAACUACUUUUCGAGGCAUUGCGUACCAGAGGGACACCCGGCGACUGGGGUCACAUUAUCAAGCAGAUUGGGAUGUUCACUUUCACUGGGUUAAAUAGGGAGCAAGUGGCUUUCAUGACCAAGGAGUAUCAUAUUUACAUGACUUCUGAUGGGAGGAUCAGCAUGGCUGGUCUGCGCUCCCAAACUGUUCCUCAUCUUGCUGAUGCAAUUCAUGCAGCAGUUACUCAGAUUCAGUGAGUGGUGUCUGUUGAGAUACAUUUUCAGAUCGUGCGGAAGUUCAGUUUAUUCCUUAGGAUUCAACUUUAUCGUAGCUCACUUGUAACUCUGAUUAAUAAUAAACGCUUAGAUCUAUGCUUGCAAGAUUUGCUUCGCAGACAUAGUUCUAUGGAUUUCCUGUAAACUCGUGCAUUAUUCUAUGCGGCAUCGACAUUUUUCGAGUUCA